UCAGUCCACUUCUCUUGCUUCCUCUUCUCUUUCCACGAUCUUCUCAUUCAAUCUCCUAAACACUUGAUAUGGGUUUUGUUCUCUACCUAUCCCUUUACAAAACCCAUCUCUUCUUUCUCUCCUUCAAUCUUCCUUUCUCUCUCUAGAACAGCUUCUCUCUCUCACUCUUCCACCCUCCGCUUCCACCUUUAAUUAGCUCAAUCUCAAAAUUCAAGAUAUGGGUUUUCUUCCCCGUCUACUCCUUUUCAAAACCCAUCUCUUUUCUCUUGCUAUCUCUCAUUCUUUCUCUCUCUAGAGCAAUUCUUCUUUCUCUCCUAAGGCAUGUAUCUAUCGGAGAAGCCGCGGCCCAUUGAUUUCUACAAGGAGGAAGGGGGAAGAGAGAUGAUGAUGGAAGUGGUCAGCAAUGGCGGCUUACCGCCUCAACAACAGCAACAGCAGAUGAUUCUCGCUGAAAGCAGUGGGGAAGAUCACGAGGUGAAGGCACCGAAGAAGCGUGCAGAGACCUGGGUCCAAGAAGAGACUCGGAGCCUCAUCAACUUGCGGAGAGAGGUGGACAAUCUCUUCAACACUUCGAAGUCAAACAAGCAUCUAUGGGAGCAGAUUUCGACAAAGAUGAGGGAAAAGGGGUUCGACCGGUCGCCGACAAUGUGCACGGAUAAGUGGCGGAAUCUGCUGAAGGAAUUCAAGAAGGCAAAGCAACAAGAUAGAGGAAGUGGAUCAGCGAAGAUGUCGUACUACAAGGAGCUUGAGGAUUUGCUCCGUGAGAGGAGUAAGAACGCACCAUACAAGAGCCCCACGCCAUCGUCGAAGGUUGAUUCAUACAUGCAAUUCUCGGAUAAAGGUCUUGAGGAUGCCGGCAUUCCAUUUGGAUCUGUAGAAGCUAGUGGUAGGUCAACACUUAAUCUGGAGCGGCGUUUGGAUCAUGACGGACAUCCUCUUGCUAUCACAGCAGCUGAUGCAGUUGCUGCCAAUGGAGUUCCCCCAUGGAACUGGAGAGACACCCCUGCAAACGGUGGGGAUAAUCACUCAUAUGGUGGAAGGGUUAUUUUAGUAAAGUGGGGGGAGUACACCAGAAGGAUUGGUAUUGAUGGCACUGCGGAUGCUAUCAAGGAGGCAAUAAAAUCUGCUUUUGGAUUGAGAACAAAAAGGGCUUUUUGGCUGGAGGAUGAAGAUGAGGUGGUUCGCAGCCUUGACAGGGACAUGCCACUUGGGACAUAUACUCUUCAUCUUGAUGAAGGACUGAUGAUAAAAAUAUGCCUCUAUGAUGAAUCCGUCCGCACCGAAGAGAAGACACUGUACACUGAAGAUGAUUUCCGCGACUUCCUCACUCGCCGUGGUUGGACCGGUCUAAGAGAGUUGAGCGGCUUUAGAAGCAUCGACACUCUGGAUGAUCUUCGUCCUGGGGCCAUGUAUCAAGGUGUAAGGUUGAUGGGUGACUAGACAUCUCACAGUAGACAAAGGGUGAUUAAAGCAUCAAAUGAUUUCAUAUCAUUUUUGGGAUCCCAAAGGUAAGCUCAUGCCAUUUGCACAUGGCAUUGUACAGUCUUUUCUUACUAAGCAUAGCUUGUUAGUAAUAUUUCACCAAAUGAUUUUUUUCUGGUGAAAUGUGCUUUCUCGCUAGUGUUUUAUAGUUAAAAAUGUCACAUUCCCAAAUUGUGUAUAAUGUGCAGUGACGUAUCACUUGGAUUAAAGGGACAGACUCAUGUCAUGUAAUUGAAGAUGUUGAUCCGAGACCUUUUUCAUGGUUUGUAAAUAACUUACAUUUACAUCAUUCUAUGCUCUUUAUAGGUGGAGUCGGUAGUUCUAUCCA